ACAGCUCUCUCUGUGUAUAAUAGUGUUUCGGUCUCUAGUUUCUACUUCUGCUUGGCGGUUCACAUUAAUGAAGAUAAAAAUGCGCACAAUAACCCGAAGCUGUGUCCUAUUUUUGUGGAUGCAAGCGCUGACCUUUGUGAAAAGUCAAGAUUGCACACUUGAGGAGUUUGUGAAUGGGCCCAUGUAUGAUUCAAAUUUUGACAUAACUGGACUGGACGCCAUCUACCCUGGUGGAAAACAAGUAAGCGUGAGCUGCAAUGUUGGUUACAGUGGCUUUUUCAAACUGCUCUGUGUCGAAGGUAAAUGGCAGUCUAGAGGCACGAGAUGUCAACCCAAAUCGUGUGGUCACCCUGGUGAUACAGCGUUUGCGGAUUUUAAUCUGGAAAUAGGAGAAGAUUUUGUUUUCGGGUCAAAAGUUGUAUACAAAUGCCACACAGGUUAUCAAAUGGUCAGUCGGACAAACCACCGACAUUGCAUGGCAGGAGGCUGGGAUGGUGUUGUUCCCAUUUGUGAAGCACAACAGUGCUCAGUGAUUCAUGUGGACGAUAAUGUCCAGGUUACUGGGGACCUAGAGGAAGCGACCUUUGGUAACGUAGUUCGAUUUAGCUGCAAGAACAGGAAUGAAGUCCUGAUUGGCUCCCAGGAGAUCUAUUGUAAUGAACAUGGAGAGUGGAGCGACGACAAACCGAAAUGUGAAGAGUUAAAAUGCUUUGUGCCUGUGAUUCAAAAUGGCUUCGUCAAAGGAGACGUCACAGUCUAUAAAGAGCAGGAAGUCCUGCGUUAUCAGUGCAAUCCGGACUAUAAGAUUGCUGUGAUUGGACAUACAAAAUGCAUCAAACAAGGACUAAGAGCACAGUGGAGCCCCACACCUGCAUGUGAAUUGAUAACAUGUAAACUCUCAAUGUUGACACUGAGAGGAACCAGCUACGAACCUGCCAAAAGUGUAUUCUCACGUAGGGAGAGAGUAAGAGUAACAUGUGACGAAGACUACUGGAUUCCUCGUCAUCAACAGACCACAGUAGAAGCUACGUGCAAAGACAACGGAGAAUGGACUAUCUACCCCGUAUGCCAAGUGUUUACAUGCACUGUACAAGACUCACUGGAAAGGUACUGGAGAUACUCUAGAGCACCAAAAAAAAUAGGUGACUCCUUAAGUUAUACUUGUAAGGAUGGUUACAAGAGCACAGAUGGCAACAACUGGGCCACAUGCACCAGAGCUGGAUGGAGACCAGAUCCACAAUGUCAAGGAAUCACAUGCAACAGAAAUGAUAUCGAAAAUACAAACAUCGUCAACUCUAAAGAGACAUAUGUUUAUAAAGAGAGGGUGGAUUAUGUGUGCACGAAUGGAUAUGAAGGAAAAUUUUCUCUAACCUGUGGUGAAAAUGGUUGGAGUGGAAAUAAAAAUUGCAGAGAGAAGACGUGUAAAAAACUCAACCUCAACCAAGCGCACUUGGUCAUCGACAGUAGCAAGAGAACCUACAAGCAUGGAGAUCAAGUCCAGUAUGAAUGCCACAAUGAUAUGGACAAACGUUUCACUGUUGUCUGCGAAGCAGGUGUUUGGACUGGGAUUCAGCUAUGCACAGGUUCUACAGAAUGUCCUGAAGCAGAAAUCCAACAUGGUUUUGCCACUGGAGCAGAGAAUGACACACUGUACUACACCUGUGAUGAAGGUUAUAAGCUCAUCACCAAAGGCUGGUGGGGUGAAGCCAAAUGUGUUGGUGGUGUAUGGUCUGGACUUGGACAGUGCAUCGAGACAAGACAUUGUGAAGUGCCUGUGAUUCCUAACGGGGACAUCGUCUCGUCACAACAAAAGUAUUAUGAAGACGGCAAACAUGUCCAGAUUGUUUGUAACACAGGAUACAGCAUUCAGGUUCAAAGCUUGACGUGUGUCGAGGGGAAGUGGCCUUUGGGAGCAAUACCAAUGAAGAAUAUCUGUGCACUCAUCGCCAAUCAGUGCAGUCCCCCACCUAAAGUUGACAACGCUGUUAUUAUGGCGUCAUACCAGAAGGAAUAUUUGUCUGGUUCUCAGGUCAUUUAUCAGUGCCGCCCGGGCCAUAAUAUUCAGGGAGAAGCGACACUGACAUGCAAGGAUGGGAAAUGGGACGAGAGGACCAUUGAAUGUAAACGUACGUAUGAAGAGCCAGUGUUAAAGCUAAGCCAGAGUGUUCUUGGUUACGCACAGUGUGUACCUGUUUGUUUUGCCGUGCGUCAUGUUGCGUCCAUGCAGCCUUGUGCAGUCCAGUCCCCCUGGGCAGUCCUCACUCAGUGCUCACUGUGGACUGCGGCUGGAAUUCACACAGACAUUUUUUGUUUUGUUAGGGAAAAACAGUUUGUCAUCUCGUCUUUUUUUCUCCUGCUUGCUAAGAUGCGACUGCCUUUGUUGCUUCUGCUUUUGCAGCUGUGGAGCAAUGUGAAAUUUUCAUCAGCACAGAAAGUAUGUCCAAACCUCCCAGAUGUUCCUCACGCCCACGUGUCAGAAAACACCAGGAGUGAUGAGUACCAGCAAGGACAUGUAAUACAUUUCACUUGUGAAACUGGUUACAUAUCCGGUCCAACUAUCAAAUAUAUGUGCUCAACUGAUGGCUGGAUAGCGCUUAAUCGAGCAACGUGCUACUUAAAGCCAUGUCAACUUCCUGAUGACACUCCCAAUGGCCAUUAUCAGAUCAUCAGCGGUGGCGACUUUGUUUUUGGAGCAACUAUCAAAUACUUUUGUAAUGAAGGGUAUCAGAUGGUGAGUAGGGAAGACACACGCACUUGUUUGCUGGACAAAUGGACCAAUCAUGUGCCAAUAUGUGAAGCUUUGAGCUGUCGCCCACCUCAUGCAGGCAAAGAGAUCACGGUUACAGGUUUGCCGGAUAAUGAUGAGCCCAUACUUCCUGACCGCUUCCUCACAUUCAGCUGUGAUAGUCCUGGGAAAUACCUAAAUGGCAGUUCAGUGCUGGUAUGUGGUAAAGACGGAAAUUGGAGUAAUCCAUUCCCCACUUGCGAAGACAGAUCAACAGGAAUACAACCAAGUGUGCACAUCCAACCAGCUGUAGUGGGAACUCAACUAAAACCAGGUCCUCAGGGUUGUGAGAGGCCAAUAGCUCCUGCCAAUGCAGAACUCAGGCACAUCCCUAAGGACAGUUACCGAAAUAAAGAGAGGGUUGAAUUCAUGUGUCCGAAUUUCUACCUAAUGGAGGGUGGGCCCUUCAAAACAUGCGACAACGGUGAAUGGGUUGGAGAAAUGAGAUGCCUCAGACCCUGCACUGUGAACGCAGAAGACAGGAACAGACGUAACCUCAGAUUCAAAUAUAAGCGUGACGAAAAAUUGUAUUCAACCCACAAUGAUGAAAUCGAGUUCUCGUGCACCAGAGGAAGACCUGUCGGUGGAGUGUCAAUGCGUCAGAGAUGUCGUGAUGGUGUGAUGAACCUGCCCAGCUGCCAUGUCAGAUAUUCUGCUCAGCCUUUUUUCCACAAACCCAAACAUGAACUUGUCUUUGAUGCUUUUGCAUGGUCUUUAUCGCAGAAUGUUCCUCAGGGUUGUGAGAGGCCAACAGCUCCUGCAGAUGCAGAACUCAGGCACACGGCUAAGGACAGUUACCAUCAUAAAGAGAGGGUUGAAUUCAUGUGUCCGAAUUUCUACCUAAUGGAGGGUGGGCCCUUCAAAACAUGCGACAACGGUGAAUGGGUUGGAGAAAUGAGAUGCCUCAGACCCUGCACUAUGAACACAGAAGACAGGAACAGACGUAACAUCAGAUUCAAAUAUAUGCGUGGCGACAAAUUGUAUUCAACCCACAAUGAUGAAAUCGAGUUCUCGUGCACCAGAGGAAAACCUGUCGGUGGAGUGUCAAUGCGUCAGAGAUGUCGUGAUGGUGUGAUGAACCUGCCCAGCUGCCAUUAAAGGCCUUCAGUAGAAUGGAUGUGUUAAAGUUGAGUUGCCACCAGCUGCUGUGUGACAUUUGAAUAAAACUUUUAAUUUCACACGCCUCAGUAUUUGUUACAGAGAAGAGCACCACCAGCUUAGUUCAAAUUCUGUGUUCAUUGGCUUUUGGAUUGGAAUGAUGUGACUGAAGGUUGGUCUUAAUCAUUAACAAACUGUCAAAAACAUGUGUAUGUAAAGCUCAAGCACAUCUUGAAUAAACCUUUACUGGUUCUCAUAAA